AUGGAGGUUGAUGACGGAGCAGAGCUCUGCUUUCCACAACUCCUCAACACCUCCUGCAGGAAGCCAACACUUCCUUGGUCCGAAGCUGUAUUUUUGUCCUCCAUCUCUCUGCUCACUGUGACUCUCAACCUGCUUGUCAUCAUCUCAGUCUCCCACUUCAGGCAGCUCCACACACCCACAAACAUUCUCCUCCUCUCUCUGGCUGUCUCAGACUUUCUCGUGGGCCUCCUGCUGAUGCCGGGAGAUUUCCUCCGAAAAACAGUCUGCUGGUUUCUUAGUGACCUCAUGUGUUCUCUGUAUAUUUAUGUAUCGUACAUUAUUCCCUUUGCCUCAAUAGGAGACAUGGUGCUCAUAUCAGUUGACCGAUAUGUUGCUAUUUGUGACCCUCUGCAUUAUACCACCAGAAUCACUGAGAAAAGAGUUAAACUCUGUGUUUGUCUGUGUUGGUUCUGUUCUGUUUUCUACAGCAGUUUCUUUGUAAAGGAUGACCUGACUCAACCAGGCAGGUAUAAUUCCUGCUACGGAGAGUGUGUGGUUGUUGUUGACCCCAUUGCUGAAGCAGUUAACCUUGUUUUGACCUUUAUAGUUCCAGUCAUUGUCAUCAUCGUUCUUUAUAUGAGAGUGUUUGUAGUGGCUGUGUCUCAGGCUCGUGCCAUGCGCUCUCACAUUACAGCUGUCACACUCCAACGUUCAGAGACUCUAACAGCAAAGAAAUCUGAGCUGAAAGCAGCCAGGACUCUUGGGGUUCUUGUAGUUGUGUUCCUAAUUUGUUUAUUCCCAUAUUAUGGUGUGACUCUUGCAGGGGACAGCUUAAUUAAUAUCUCAUCUGUAAACUUUGUGAUAUAUCUGUGUUAUUUAAACUCUUGUCUAAACCCUGUGAUUUAUGCCAUGUUCUACCCCUGGUUUAGAAAAUCGGUUAAACUCAUUGUUACUCUUCAGAUUCUGCAGCCUGGCGCCUGUGAAGCUAAAAUAUAG